AUGGCAAGACGAAUUUUCCAUUGGCAUGUUUAUCAGUUUUCUUUGGGUUUGCCAUCGACGGAGAAUGUUUCUUCCAAAAACUACGAUGAAUCCCCAGAUUUAAGUACAGAUGACGUGGUGCGUUAUGCUUGGUUGGAUAAAGCUAAAUCCAUGAAUCCAUAUGAUCUGCGAUUAAUUGCAAUUUCUGGAUUUGUUUCGUUUGCUUUUCUCUGCUAUGCAUUGCUCAGGAUAAGGAGUACUGAAAAGAGUAGGGAAGCUCCCGAACCAAAUGGUGCUUGGCCGAUUAUUGGCCACCUCCACCUAUUAAGGGGUGCUGAUCAGCUUCACGAAACUCUUGGAUUAAUGGCUGAUAAGUACGGGCCAGCUUUCAAUAUUCGUCUUGGCUGUCAUCGAGCUUUUGUGGUCACCAGUAGGGAAGCUGUAAAGGAAUGCUUCACCACUAACGACAGAGCCCUUUCUUCCCGUCCUACCACAACAGCCACAAAGCACAUGUGCUACAACCAUGCAGUGUUUGGUUUUGGACCCUACAACUCUUACUGGCGAAAGAUGCGAAAGAUAGUAUCUCUUGAACUUCUUUCGAACCGUCGGCUUGAGAUGAUUAAGCAUGCUCAAGCUUUUGAAGUUGAUAAGCUGAUAGAGAAGCUUUAUAGAUCAUGGGCUGAAAACAGCUGCCUUUCAGUACUUGUUGAACUUAAACAGCAGUUAGAAGCUCUGUCACUUAACGUUAUUGUUAAAGUGGUGGCUGGAAAAUGUUAUUCAGGUACCUCCGCUACUUCUGAUGAUGGUGAGGCAAGACGGUGCCAAGAGGCAAUUUCUCAGUUCUUCCAGCUGAUGGGAGCUGAUGUUAUUUCAGAUGCUUUUCCAUUCCUGUGGUGGUUGGAUUUGCAGGGGAAUGGGAGGAAAAUGAAAAGGACAGCCAAGAACUUGGAUACCAUCCUUGAAGGUUGGCUAGAAGAGCAUCGCCAAAGUAGAGUUUCAGGAGAGCUCAAAGCUGAGGGUGAGCAGGACUUCAUUGAUCUGUUGUUGUCAUUAGAGGAGGAAGGACAGCUCUCUGAUCUCCCAUAUGAUUCUGCUACAACUAUUAAGUCUACCUGUCUGGCUCUUAUCUCUGGUGGCAGUGACACCACAGCAACCACACUAACAUGGGCCAUCUCACUGCUCCUUAACAAUCGCCUUGCCUUGGAGAAGGCACAAGAAGAAUUGGGCCUUCAUGUGGGCAAUGAGCGUCAAGUUGAUAAAUCAGACAUUAAAAACCUCAUAUACCUUGACGCUAUCAUCAAGGAAACUCUCCGUUUAUACCCUGUCGCUCCCCUCUCAGGACCCCGGGAAGCCAUGGAAGAUUGCACCAUAGCUGGAUAUCGUGUUCCUACUGGCACUCGCUUGGUGGUAAAUGUAUGGAAGAUCCAAAGGGACCCAAGGUAUUGGACAAAUCCCCUCGUUUUUCAACCAGAGAGAUUCCUUACAAGGCAUUCGGGUGUUGAUGUCAGAGGUACACACUUCGAGAUCAUUCCUUUUGGUGCUGGUAGACGAUCAUGCCCAGGUACAUCAUUUGCACUCCACACCCUCCACCUGACUCUUGCUAGACUCCUUCAUGCAUUUGAUUUUGAAAUCUCAAUGGAUCAGUCUGUUGACAUGACUGAGAGGCCAGGAGUAAAUGUAGCAAAAGCAACCCCAUUGGAGGUUCUGCUUUCCCCUCGUCUCCCUUUCAAACUUUAUAAUUGUUGA